AUGAGGAAGAACAGGAAAACGAAACGAAAGGCAGAAGUAAAGGUGAAAGGGACGUCAAUCCAAAAUGAACGAGCGAGCGGAAUCGGUACAGAGCACCAAGGGAAAGAACAAACAAGCCAGUUUGGGCAGCUUACUCCGUACAAAGGGAAGGUGCCGAUGGGAAAACUGGAGAUCAAAGGGAAGGAGUAUGGGAAGGGGGAAGGGAUGCAGGUCGACGGAAUGCACGUCAGUUUCCCUCCUAUGCGGGCCAGACGGCAAGAGCACAGGGAUGGCUGGCCGAGAGGAAUCAGCCGUGGGGAAGGUGUUGGUGGCCACGCUUGCCCGUUGAAGCUGUGCGAGGUCCAGGUAUCUUUGGCCCGUUUCGACCCUGCCUGGGCCCUGAAGAGCACUAACUUACCACGAUUGAUACGCUGA